AAGGGUAUUGAGUUUUUACAUUCCAAGAGAAUUAUUCACAGAGAUUUGAAACACAAGAAUGUCUUUUUAACAGAUAAUUACAAUACUUGUAAAAUUGGUGAUUUUGGUUUUUCUAGAUCAAUUAAUGAAAAAUCACUUGCUUACACAACACUUGGUACUACGAAUUAUAUGGCUCCUGAAAUUGGUGUCAAGACUAGUGGACAACAAAUUAAUGGUUAUACAUUCUCUGCUGAUAUUUGGAGUUUUGGAGUAAUGUGCUAUGAAUUAUUGACA